UAAAAUUGAUUUCAAAAUACCGAACCAAAGCAGACGAAACGCUUACCUAGUGUAACUUGGUCGCCAAAAGUGACCAUGAAGAAGCAAAACUCCAAUUCCGUUUCUCGGCCCUCUCUCCUCAAUUUGGAAAUCUGAAUUCCCCAUUCUCCCGUGUUUUGGAUUAAACAAAAACAAGUAUACCAGUACUACUAGGUGUCUUUGUUUCAUCGAUGAACGCGUCAAAUUAUAUGGACAAGCAGAUAAUGGACUUGUCUCGAUCAAAGAGUAAUUCCCUCAACAACAACAACAACAACAACAUCAACAGCAACGAUUUCUUAGAUCUGAUGAAUCCUCAGUCCGAAGAAGAAAGCGAUAAUAAUGGAGGAUCAUCUUUGAAGAACAAAGAUGAGAUCUUACCCAACUAUGAUUUCCAGCCGAUUCAUCGUUCCACCAUCGCUCUUCAGUCUCUCUCCUCCGAUCCUCCUCCUCCUCCUCCUCCUAGUGCCGCCGUUAGGGCUUGGAAUUCCGUCGACUCCAAGAGCUACAGUUCCUUGGAUCAUGUGGAUCACGUUGAACCUGACAAAAUAAUUCUGGAAAAAUCUCAGAAAGCAAAUGAUUCAGCAAUUAUAUCUGAGAUAGAUCAAACAAUGAAGAGACAUACUGAUAGUGUGCUCCAUGCUAUUGAUGGUCUAAGUGCAAGGCUGUCCCAGCUGGAGAAUAGAACACGCCAUCUCGAGCACUCUGUUGAUGAACUGAAGCUAUCAAUUGGCAACAAUCAUGGAAGCACUGAUGGGAAAAUGAGACAGCUGGAGAACAUUCUUUUAGAGGUGCAAAAUGGUGUACAGGACUUGAAGGGCAAGCAAGAGGUCAUGGAAGGUCAUAUGCAGCUAAAACUUAAAUCAUCUGAACUCUCGAAUGCUCUCAAUCCAGAUUCUGUGCAGCAAACAGCAGUCUCUGCUCCUCCCCAGCAAUCUGGUCUACAGCAGUUCUCUAUUGCUGCUCCGCAGCAAGUUUCACCUCUUCCGCCUAAUGUGCCUCCAUCGUCUCAGCAGAAUAUUCAUCCUUCUCCUGUGACCACUCAAUUUCAUCCUGGCCAUACGCUGCCUGGGCCCCAGCAAGAUGCUUAUUUCCCAUCGCCUAAUCAACCUCAGGAAGCACCAAGUAUGCAGUACCAAAUGCCACCUCCAGCUCAGCACCAGCAACAGCCCCCUACUCUUGCUCCACCGCCUCAACAGUAUCAAUCAUCGCUGACCCCACCCUAUCCUGCACCAUCCCAGCCUCCUCAACAGCAGCCCUAUUCUCCAGCUUCCCAGCCUCCUCAACAGCAGCCCUAUCCUCCACCUUCUCAGCCUCCUCAACAGCAGCCCUAUCCUCCACCUUCUCAGCCUCCUCAACAGCAGCAUCCCACUGUUGUGGGUGCUAAUGCUCCUCAAUUCCCACCUCCGUUGGGCCAUCGCCCUGAAGAAGGCCCAUAUAUAUCAUCCCAGAAUUACCCACAAAAUCUUCAUCAGCCCGCACCCCAUCCGAGCACUGUGCCACCUCACUCCCAACCAUAUUAUGGAAGCGCAUCCUCUAUGUAUGAGCCGCCACCAACUGGCAGAUCCAGUUCCGGAUUUCCGUCUACAUAUGUGCCACCUUCAGGGACUGGUGAACAAUACCCUUAUGGUGCAUCUGCUUCACACUUUGGCAGUGGCUCAUCCAAUAAGGCACAGCCACAUUCUCCUGUUGGCAGUAGCAGCAACUAUCCUCAGCUUCCAACUGCUAAAAUUCUACCUGCAGCCAUUCCUACUGCUGCUGGUAUCAGCGGUGGAUCAAGUUCUGGAGGAAGUGGAAACAAGGUCCCUAUUGACGAUGUUAUUGAUAAGGUGACUAACAUGGGAUUUCCCAAAGACCAUGUUAGAGCAACAGUUCGCAAACUAACAGAGAAUGGCCAGUCAGUCGACCUAAAUAUUGUGCUCGACAAGUUGAUGAAUGACGGAGACAUCCAGCCCCCAAGGGGGGGCUGGUUUGGCCGGUGACAUGGUAGUGGUUGGAUAUGAUCCCUUUGUACAGACGGCUUGAUGAUCAUUUAUCCUUUAUUAUCUUUCUUUUCUCGUGAUUUGUAAUUGUGUUAAUGCUCUAAUAAUGCUUCUAGUCAUAAUUGUGGAGUUUAAUUCAUUGCUGCUGUUUUGAUUUUUGUAACCUUUCAUGUUUUGAAGAGGGCUACGAAGUUGCUUGAUUUUUCUA